GGCUGGUGUCGCCGUUUUCUCCAGCGCCACCCCAUCCUCACCAACAGGAUCGCGCAGUGCAUUGUGGGCGUGCGCAACGCCGUGGACGAGAGCGGCGUGUCCACGCUGUUCUACAUCAAUGCCGCGCGUAUCUUCAACAUGGACGAGAAUUCGUUCAUGCAAAAGACCGCGCGGCGGAAAGUGGUCGCUGUGCGCGGCCCAGCCAACGUCUGGCGCAAGGAGAUGAAGCCAAGCGUCCACAUGACUGUGGUGGGUGCGGUAAGUGCUAGCGGCACUACGAUACCCCCUCUGAUUGUUGUACCAGGC